UAUUAGACGCUAACGCAUACGAACCAGUUGCAAUCAGAACCAGAAUAUCGAACUUUAUAUAUUUCUUAAAGGGACGUAGAAAAUAAUAAUAAUAAAAAGAUCUCGAAGAGAAAACUCCCCUUUCCUGCUGCAGAGUCACGUGACCUAAUAUUAGUCUCUUGCGCAAGGAACUGAAAAGAGGAAUACUUAAAUACUUUAUCGAAUCAUUUUACAAUUUGGAACGACAGAGGAAAGGACUGUAUUUAUAUUGUGGAUGUAUAAAGGAGUAUUUUGGAUUUCGAUUGGAUUUUUAUUAUUUCCAUAACGUCUGCCGCAGUCUAUUAUUGUAUUAUCAAUUUAUAAACUUGUUGAUGCCUAACCGAUAACAGAAGAUUAACACUAUGUAUCGGGCGUUGCUGAUACUCGCAUUGGUGGCCUUAAGUGCCUGUUAUGAAGAAACAAUUGAUGUCAUCGAUGCAGUAAAAUUAAAUUCACGAAUGCCAGUGCAUGGCAUAAAGAAAAUAAAAGGUCCUAACAAAGGUGAUGAUGCAUACAGAUUCAAGGGGACAUCGGCAAACAUCGCCGCCCCGCCGUACGUCCUAAAAAACUUUAUGAACACAAUGAAAGUAGAGCAAGCAGUUCAAUUAGUUGCGACACUAAAACCGGACAAAAAUAACAAAGGAACAAUUGUUUCUAUUGACUCAUUAAAAGGGGACAAACGAAUUUUUGGGCUCGUUGUGAAUAGAAAACAAGAUAAAACAUUAUUGCAGUACGGGGUGACAAGUCCCACUGGGGUAACAUCGGAACAUACGGUGAAACUAGGUAAAGUGAACAUUGGAGCUAAAGACGAUGAAUGGCAUAAUGUUACUCUUAAUAUUGAAGGAACACUCGCUGUUCUUUAUUUUGAUUGUGAGCAAGUUGCAUUGGAAUCUAUAGACGCGUUUUACCAAAACGUUAACCCGUCAAAGUACGAACUCAGACUGGCGAAGGGGCUCGAUCGACGAGACAUGUAUGAUUACAAGGGUAUGCUUGCAGAUGUGAAAUUCAUUUUCAAUACCAGGUUAUCUAAGGUAUUGAGAGACCAAGGGUGCUUCAUGACCGGUAGUGACUAUGAAUUAUCGUCGUCAUUCUCAUCUUUGAGUGAUAGUCUUUCCGGAGAAAUUGCCCAGGGCCGAUCAGAAAUAAUUUCACCAAUCGCCCCUGAGGUUGUAGAUGAAGAAGAAGAAGACACUGGCCCUGAUUUUCCCGACAUAGAUCCUGAACUAACCGAGAUUGUGUCUCCUGAGCCAACCAACAAAAUCGAACCAGCACCGCCAACUAGACGUCCGAUCAACAACGCCCACUCCGCGUUCGCAUUGAGUCCAACUUCGGAAGCUGAACACAUCGAGGAACUUGUUAGCAAUUAUGAGGGCGCUAGAACGACUUGUGGAUUUGUGUGCGAGGACUUUUAUCGUCUGAACAACAAAUUGCGGGAAAUUGAUACAAUAAAGGAGGAUUUCCUUCAGUAUAAAGACAGAUUGAAUGGAGUUUUAUCAAAUAUUGUCGAUAUGACUGUAGAUGGAGAAAAAAACAAAAUUCUUGCUAACAGGUAUGGCAAUUGCUGGCAUCAUGGGGCUGAGCGGCAAAAUGGCACAAUGUGGAGAGCGGGAGACUGUACAGAAUGCGUAUGCAAUGCUGGGACUAUCGAAUGUGUAACGAUUAACUGCCAAAUAACAUCAUGCCAAAACCCAAUUCAGAUUCCUGGAGAGUGUUGCCCUGUUUGUGGUAACGUGGAUGGUGAAGACGAUGGAUGGAGUGAUUGGUCCGCCUGGACCCAGUGUUCAACCACAUGCGGACGCGGGCACCAGCAACGCGGCCGCUCUUGCGACGCGAGUAUCCACAAGUGCAAUGGUAGUGACGUGCAAACAAGAGUAUGCAUAGGGAAUCCACCAUGCAUCAGUAGAAUUGAUGGAGGCUGGAGCCCAUGGUCUCCUUGGAUUUGCACCGUAACUUGUGGCAAUGGAACAGAGACACGCGUUCGUGCUUGCAACGUACCAAAACCACAGAACGGAGGCCUGCAGUGUCUUGGUGAUAAACGAGAGAAUAAGUUAUGCGUACAGAAACCUUGCCCAGUCGAUGGACGAUGGGGAGAAUGGUCAGUUUGGUCGGGAUGUACUAAAACAUGCGAUGGUGGUUGGCAGGAAAGGAAGAGAUUCUGUGAUGCACCAAAACCGCAACAUGGGGGACAAAUUUGUACUGGACAUUUCAACCAGAUACGUCUCUGCAACGUACAAACAUGUCCAGUCGAUGCUUGUCUAUCGAGCCCAUGUUUCUACGGUGCAGACUGUAUCAGCUAUAAGAAUGGUACCUACGACUGCGGUCCAUGUCCGGUCGGAUAUCGUGGAGACGGUCAUCACUGCAAAGAUAUCAAUGAGUGCGUCGAAGCGCCAGAGGCCUGCUUUAACUUCAUGGGUCAGCAUAUGUGUACAAACACGGUCCCUGGAUACUCCUGCAAGCCCUGCCCCCUCGGAUUCCGUGGUAACCAACCAAACGGAGUCGGCCUUUACCAUGCAUACCGACACAAACAGGUAAAUUUAACUAAACAUGAUAUAAAACAGAGGCUCGAUAACUGGGAAGACAACUGUCCGUACAUUGCCAAUGCCAACCAGAUCGAUACAGAUGAUGACGGUUAUGGAGAUCUUUGCGAUAACUGUCCGUUUGAUGCAAAUCCGGAACAGACCGAUAGUGAUGUUGAUACUGUGGGCGAUCUUUGUGACACGAACUUUGAUCGAGAUGAUGAUGGAGUACAAGAUGAUCUGGAUAAUUGUCCGGAUACACCAAACGCAAGUCAGAGAGAUCACGACAAUGAUGGAUUUGGUGACAGUUGUGAUGAUGACGAUGAUAAUGAUGGGCAUUAUGAUAUUGUUGAUAACUGCCGACUUGUAUACAAUCCAACACAAAAUGAUACAAAUGAAAACGGCCGUGGCGACCUUUGCGAGGAGGAUUUCGACGGUGAUGGUGUAGUUGACAGACUCGAUGCUUGUCCAGAGAAUGUCAACAUCCAGCGAACGGAUCUCUCGGCAUUCGAAAUGGUUCGACUGGAUCCAGAGGGUUCAGUACAGAAUGACCCAUUCUGGAUGGUACGUAACCACGGUAAAGAACUCGUACAGACUAUCAACUCUGAUCCUGGACUGGCAGUCGGCUACGAUGCUUUUGAGGGGGUACGAUUUAGUGGAACAUUCUAUGUGAACAUUCAAAGAGACGACGACUACGCAGGGUUUAUCUUUGGCUACCAGUCUAGUCAUCGAUUCUACGUGGUUAUGUGGAAACAGGUGAAACAACUUUACUGGCAGAUGGAGCCAUUUAAGGCUAUUGCGACAACUGGUCUACAAAUUAAGUUAGUGAACUCCGUAACUGGUCCAGGUGAAGCGUUGCGAAACGCGUUAUGGCACACCGGGGACACAGAAGACCAGGUUAAGCUAAUCUGGACUGAUCCAAACGAAAUUGGAUGGAAAGACUUCACUGCUUACAGAUUUAGUAUAACACAUAAACCCGAUGAUGGAUAUAUCAGGGUCAGCAUGCACGAGGGCAGCAAACUGUUAUCAGAUUCCGGUGACCUGUAUGAUACGACGCUUCGCGGGGGUCGUAUUGGUCUUUAUUGCUUCUCACAGGCUAUGGUCUUUUUCUCAGAUCUUGAAUAUAAGUGUGCAUAGGUGUGCUGAAAAAUAUUAAGCUUCGUUGUGAGGCUUGGCGUGGAGAAACCCCUUGACGUCACCCGAAUUGAGAAUACACUUCCGAUGCAACCAGGUGGGCAGGUACAUGUGUUGAUAUUUCUACAAAGUCUCAAUUUCUUCGUGCAGUUGGUCACCGAAUUAUGGAGUGUUUGAAAGGCCUGACACAAGCCUAAAAUUUGGAACCCUAUAAAUUGUCAAAAAAUCCACAUCCCCGUAAAAAGCAGCUGGCUGGUUGACGUUGAAGCCCGAAUCAGAAUUGGAAGCGCCAUUGUAUUUAUAAAGUUUUAUUGUAAAGAAGAUAUUGUAUAGCGUUUAAUGUAUUUUUUUCUAUUGAUUGUAUAUUAACUAGCAUCUUUUCAUCUUGUGAAUUCAAACUAUAUUACGUCAUGAUCCUGUUUCAAUAUAGUCUGUGUAGGCAAAUGGCCAGUGUGACGUCAGUAAAGAUGUGCACAUAAACUCAUAAAGUUGCACAACUUUACAAAAUGCUAUAUUUGUACAGACACACAGUAACGUAGAUGUAUUGUAUAGAAUAUACUAUACUAUACUCUACUUGAGAAACUCGAUAAUCACGAAUUUAUUAAGUAAUAUAAACUUGAAGAUACAUUUUUGAGAUAUAAUUAUGAUACAAGGUAAAGAAAGUUUACUGAGUAAGACUAAGAGAUUCACAUUGUGUAACUUUACUUUAUUUACGUAGUUUUUAAAAUUACUAUUGCAAUGCGCUUAUUAGUUCCAAGAAGUAAACUAUUCCUUAUUAAUAAUAACAAUAAUAGCAAUGCGUUGUCAUAGUAUAACGUAUUGUGCUGUAUGUGAUCUGCAUGGUCUAUAGUGUUUUAUAGGAUGAUUAUUGUGUCUUUUCAUCCUGUUUGGUAAUCUCUUAUUAUUUUUUUAAUUUAUCGAUGUAUGCUUCUAUGUUGCCAUAUUUAAGUGAAGCAAAUGUUCAGAUUUUAUUUUGAAAAUGUACAUUUUAUAGAUAUUUGCAAUUUUUGUUCGUGGUGUUUUAUACUACUGCCGAACAGGUUGGUAGGAGGUCCACUUAUGCUUGUGUACCAUUGACAGAGCAGCGCAUACAAUAGGUUUAUACAAUAAUAUGAAUUAAUGAUUUAGGCCUUAAUACUUUGGUUGGGCGGUAAAAAAGUGUAAGAAUUGGAGCGAUAAUUAUAUAACUAUUGGUCAGAUUUUUUUAAAAAGUGAUCUAAAUCUACAAAUUUUUAAAUAAGGAAAACAGCAAAGGCGAUUUUUUUAUGUUUGAAUUCAACAAAAUUGAAUAGUUCUAUAGAUAGGAUUGUUUUGUAUUUAUUUAGGAAUUAUUAAUGAGUCAGCAAAAUUUAAUAUUUCUAUAGAUAGGAUUGUUUUGUAUUUAUUUAGGAAUUGUUAAAGUUUAUUGCAUAUUGUGACAAAUUAAAUUUGAGGUAUGUUGAGAGGACU